ACACAUAAUUCACCACUUUAUUGUCUCCAGUUUUAGGAAAGAUUGAGACAGACGUUCAAUUUGAUGCAAAAUCAGACAUAUGUAUUAAAUACUCUUAAAGCAACCCCCGAAUGUGUCAGCAAAAUAUGAAUCAUCCCUUUGAAUGCUGGCCAUCGACGAAACUGACCCCACAACGCGAAACUCGCUAGUGUGACAAUAUCUUUGUAUUAACUGCUCACCGCUUCCUUAUUCUAAAAACCUACCGCUUCCGCCAUUUUCGGCAAUCGAUUACGAUUCAGUACAUGCGCACCACUGGUUGCUUUGGCGCCUUCUUGUAAUGAUGAGAUGUACUGUGGGAAGGAAGCGGAUUGACUGUGCUUUUUUUCCCUUUCAGCUCGUACUAGGGGCGUUGAAUCCUCCAGGCCACAAACAGCACUGUGGAGUCGGUUAUCACCUGUUCUUGUAGUCUGUAGUGUACAUUUCCCAACUAAUACAAAAUUAUUGAGUAUAUGUUAAAAGCAGGUUAUUAUUAUUUUAGUAUAAAAAUAAAAUUAAGAUGCCCAAUUUUUGUGCGGCCCCCAACUGCACUAAGAAAAGCACCCAGUCUGAUUUAGCUUUCUUCAGGUUUCCUAGAGAUCCAGAGAGGAUUUCCGAAAAACCAUCUGGUUUUAAAAAGUGUGUAGCUUGUUCUCACAAGUUACCCAACUGUGACAUCCAUGAGAAAUGCAUCUAUUGUCUAGGUCCUUCACAACUGAAAACAGCCCGCUCCAUAUGGGAAGCUUUUGGCCAGCAAGCCGUCAUGGAGAGAAGGAACAAACUUAUUUUAAAAGGAUUUCUUCCAACACCUGGGGUAGAAAGUGCUCCUAGUUCCUCAAAACGUUCCUCCUGUGAUGCUCCCCUCGAAGAUGUUCCUUGCAAGCGAUCGUGCAAGAGGACGCACGUUGAUUCCCCAGAGGGAUCUUUGACAGAAGAUACUGAUUACGAUGAGGGGGAAUGGUCCCCAUGGUCGCCCCUUGAUGAUGUCUCCUUUGCAGAUAUCUUGGAGAUCCUGAGGCAGCGAGGCGAUUGGAAGUCCAGCAUCUCUUCCUCUGAGGAGUCCGUGUUCUUGCAGGCUUUCCGGGCCCGGCUCUCUACCUUCUUGGUGACCCCGCCUGCAGAUGAGCUUAUCCAGCUCAUUGUGCAGCACAUGGAGAUGAGUCCUGAUGCCAUUGAACCUAUCCUUCGUAGACCAGAUAAAAUUCUUUCACCACCAGAGGACAAUCCACAUUGGUCCAAGGGCCUUCCUGUGGAUGCUAUGAUUGUGUCGGCAGGCAGUCUCUGUUUUACUGUUAAGAAUCGUUGUAUGUGCACUAUUUCUUAUGCUGCUAAGAGUCCAUAUAGAACUGUUCUCCGAGAUAGUGCUGUGCCAACUAUAUUUGACCUCACAAGUCAUCUCAACAAUCCACGAAGCAGACAUAGAAAGAGAAUUAAAGAGCUGAGUGAAGAAGAAUUGCAGAAACUGAAAGUAAGAAGAAUUGAAGAAGAUGCCGAACAAGAAAAAGUAAAUCGGGCAGCGACUGAAAACAGUACAGAAAGCACAACCCAAGACAGCGGACAGGACCAAGAGGAGGAGGUUGCAACUUUAACCCAGGAGGAAAAAGAACACAAAGAUUAUCUUAAAUCUUUAUUUGAAAUUUUAAUCAUGAUGGGCAAGCAGAAUAUUCCAUUAAAUAGCCAUGGCAGUGAAGCUGUAGAUGGUGUCUUUACUCCUGACAAUUUCCAGGCUCUCUUAGAAUACAGAAUAAAUGCUGGUGAUGAGGUUCUGAGAAAAAAAUUUGAAAUGGCAGCUGUUAAUACACAAUAUUGUUCCAGUGUUCAGCAGCAGGAAAUGCUUGAUGUUUGUGAGUACUAUAUCAGAGAAGAGAUACUCAGGGAAGUACGUGAUUCUCGUUUCUUUUCAAUUGUCACUGAUGAAGUGGUUGAAAUUGCUGAUGAAGAGUACCUCCCUGUUUUUAUAAGAUUUGUUGAUGAGGCCAAUAAUCUCAGAGAAGAAUUUAUAGGAUUUUUACCUUAUGAAUAUGAUACUGAAACAAUGGCUGUUAAACUCCAGAAUACCAUCACAGAAAAAUGGAGCCUUAGUAUGGAGUAUUGCCGAGGCCAGGCAUAUGCAUGUUCCACUAGAGUAGCCUACAACAUGAAAACUGUUGCUUCUAGACUUCUAGAAAAGUAUCCUCAAGCAGUAUGUACUCUCUGCUCAUCCUGCGCCCUGAAUAUUUGGCUAGCAAAAUCCAUACCUGUUCCGGGUGUUACUGUAGUACUGGAAACAAUGGAAGAACUUUUCAUUUUUUUCCGUCAGUCUGCUUUGUUGCAAUCAGAGCUGGACAAUGUAAUCACAGUUUUGUUUCAAAGCAGUGAGGAAAAAGUAGCGGAAUUAAAAGAGGUCUAUCGUACUCGGUGGUCAGAAAGGCAUGACGCCUUUGAAAUCCUGGUUGAGCUCUUACAAGCAAUGGUGAUGUAUCUGGAUGAAGUGUGUAAUGACAUAUCUUUUAGAUGGAGCAAAGCUAUAACAAACCAAGCAUUUGUUUUGUCUCAAAUCCUGACUGACUUUGAUUUUAUUGUGACUGUUGUAGUACUGAAAAAUACUUUGUCUUUUACAAGAGCAUUUGGUAAAAAUUUGCAAGGACAAACAUCAGAUGUCUAUUUUGCAGCAGGUAGUUUAACAGCAGUUUUGCACUCUCUGAAUGAAGUAAUAGAAAAUGUUGAAGUAUAUCAUGAGUUUUGGUUUGAAGAAGCCACUGACUUGGCCACCAGACUAGAUAUUCAGGUAAAAUUACCUGGAAGGUAUCGCAGAGCCCAGCAGGGUGCUGUAGACUCUGAAACAACCCCAGAAUGUUACUACAGAGCAGCUGUUACUGUUCCAACUGUAACGCACAUUAUUCAAGAACUGAAGGAUAUCUUCUCAGAAAGCUAUCUAAAGGCCCUUAAGUGUUUGUCACUUGUUCCUUCUGUCAUGGGACAGUUAAAAUUCAGUACAACAGAGGAAGAGAAUGCAAACAUGUAUAAAAGUGACCUUCCUAAUCCUGAUACUUUUUCUGCAGAACUUCAUUGUUGGAGAAUUAAAUGGAAGCACAGGGGCAAAGAUGUAGAGCUUCCAACCACAAUUUAUGAGGCUGUUCAUUUACCAGACAUAAAGUUUUUCCCAAAUGUGUAUGCCCUGCUUAAAAUCCUGUGCAUCUUGCCAGUUAUAAAAGUUGAAAAUCAGAAAUAUGAAACUGGUAGACAGCGUCUGAAGGCAUACUUAAGAAACACUCCAAGGGAGCAACGCUCUUGUAGCCUAGCUUUACUUAAUGUGAACUAUGAUGUUAAAGAUGAUUUGGAUUUGAUGGUGGACAAUUACACUAAGUUGUGUACAGAAAAAACACAGUUUCAACAAGAGAUUGUUCAUUCUUCAAACUCUGACUUGGUUGAGCAAACAUGAUAUUUUAUAUCUUAGUUAUACUGGGAAAAUUUAUUAGACCAAAUUUCUUUAAUGGAAUGUUUAGGUAAACAUUCUUAACUACUUGGUAUACUGCAGGUUUGUAUCACAGUUAUGGAGAUGGGCAGUUUAUAUUACAGGUAUUAUGAGCAAGAACAAUCAUAUGUACUCUUUAAACUGCAGCAGAUGUAUGUUCUUUGAUUUCUGUUUAGAUUCUUCAAAAAGGUCUGAGCAUAAUUUGUCAUAGGGAAUAAUCCCUGUCACUGAAAAGCAAGUUGGUCUUUGUAAGGUCAGUAUGUUGAUAUGGAAAACGUUUGAACAAAAGAGCUUCAUGGCUCAUUAUCUGAGCGGGUGUAUAAGGUGCUCCUUACUGAAGGGAUCACGCCUUUUUAUAGUGUAUAGUUCCAUCAUUAUGCUGAAUAAAUGGAGAUGCUUGCUUUCUCAUUAUUCUUUUUCAGUACGAAUUACGACUCAUCUCAUUUGUCAGUCUUUCUGUGGCCUUUUAUUAAGUAAGGGGUGGACUAAGUUUCUCUUUGGUAGUUCCUGUGCUGCUGUUGGCAAGGACUAUAUCUCCCACUCCUUAUCAUAGGCGGUUACUAGGGUAAUGGCCCUAGAGACUUUUUCAGCCUAGCCAUUCAUGCCCCAAAUUUCCCAACUAUCAGUGCCCAUGGGCUAGAACAGCUUUGGUAUAUGCCUGUGACUUAAGGCAUCUACAAACUGCCCCUGUCUGUAAUGGCCACAGGCAGCAAGCCAUGGGUGAACUUGAGAUUUCCCAUCCAUUGGUCCAAAUUGUGUUUGAACAGGCUUAGGAAAGAACUCUGUUGUACAUGAAUGGGGAGCUUGUUCAAGAGAAGGGAUAAUAUCUGAGACGCAUACCUAUCCCUCCAGAAUGUAUUUGUCACAGACUAAGUUUAGAUCCUUAGAGCAGGUAAUUCUAAUGUUUGUUUUGCAAAUGUGUAGCAAAUCCAUCAGGGCUAGAUCAGAGAAUGCCUUGUAGGUUGGGCAUAGAUCACCCCUCUGUAGUCUGUAGGAGACCAGGUACAGGGAUAAGGCUUUGCGGUGGUCCGCAUAGGACAUAUUAUUUACAUCCUGUAUUUUUUUAGUGAGGAACCUCUGUGCUGCUCUAUUUGUUGUGAAUGUCUGGUUAGGUACAUGCUGAAGGGUACAUUGUACUAGAUCAUUGGUCUAAUGAGGGCUGAGUAUAGUGGGACUUCUCUCUUUAGAUCUGGAUGCCAUGCCCUUACUUAUAAGUUGUGCCACUUAGAAGGAUUUUCUCGCUACCAUGGGCACAUGGUGAUCAAAGUUCAGGUUACUGUAAACCUGAGUUGCCAAGCCCCUUUACCACUGCAUCUGCUCUUAGUGCUGGGCAGUUGUUUGCCCAGAGGUUAUAAUUAUGGAUUUUUUGCACUGAGAUUUAGGCCAUGGUUCUGGCACCAAUUAUUUGUCUGUGUCAGACCUUUCUGGAGGAUAUAUGCAUCUUUGGGGAAAUUCACUGAUGGCACCCAGCUUGUAGUUGUCAGCAAAUUUGGUCAGCCAAAGGCCCUGCACAUUUGCUUCAGAGAAGUAUGUUCCAAACAGGGGAAGUCCCAGUACCAAGCCCUGUGAGAAAUCACUAGCAACAGACCUCUUGAUGGAGGUGGAUUCCCCCAUUCUAACUGUGUCCUGUCUGUGAGCCAUUUGACUAUCCAUCAGGUGACAGCAGGAUUUAUGCCUAAAUUUUUGAGUUUGUCUAGAAUACCCAAGUGAAGUUUUGUGUCAAACGCCUUUGCCAUGUCUAGGUAGUCAGUAUGUACUGUUGGCUCUUGUCCAUAGCUCUAGUGACCUUUUCAAAGAGGUCCACCAAGUUUAGUAGGCAUGACCUGCCCUUAA